GGGACUGAGAACUGACCCAGAAGUGAUGAUACCACUGUGUACCCUGCUCCUGCCCAGCACUGUCCAGGCUCCGGGUGACCACAGCUCCUCGGCUCUGGUUCCCCGCGCUAGACAUAGUAAUGAGGUGGAGAGUGAACUGGCAGUUCUCCCCACUCUGUUCCAAAGAUCCAGAAGCGAACGAUCCAUACUGUGGUGAAAGAGGCCCUAAGGCUGAAAAUCCAAUGGGCAAACAAGACAACUGUUCUUGAUUGAUGGGUAUUUGAGAAAGGUGCAGAGAUGCUCAUGGGGAUGGAGGGGUGUAGAAAUGGGCAUAGGUGCAGAAACAAAGCCAUUGGACAUGGAGGAGGUAGGAUGGAGUUGCCGUCUGAGGCAGGGGUGGCCGUAAAAGAUAAACCAUGAAAGGGACAGGACACUGGACAGAGUGACAGCAAAGGAAGCAGAGAGAGGCUGGGACUGAUCUGUUUGUCACCGUCAUGGACCCUGCAAAUUCUGGGAAGUUGGGAGGGUCUGAGAAAUGUCUCUGGCUUCUCUGAGCUGAGUAAGCAUAUACAUUCCACAGAGACGAUGUCAUCAAAGCUCUGUCUACUAGGAGAGACUGGUCCUGGAUGCAGGGAGGAGGAAAACCAGGAGAUCCAGAUGCUGACAGCUGUGGAGGAGUAAAACGAGGUCCCCCUGUUAUCAGGGAGUGUGAGAGGAAGCCAAAAUUGUAUCUGUGCAAUUUCCACUGUGAAGCUAACCAAGACUGCCAAGCCAACAACAUCUGCUGCUCAACACUGUGCGGGAACGUUUGCGUGAACCUGUUGGAUAAGGGAGAGUGGAUAGCGCCUGUUACUCCCGCUGACGAUUUCUACCCAGACAGUCAGACCUCCGAGUUCUCGUUUGAAGGGGAUAUGGUUACGGUUGACUUUACCCCAUCGCCGUCCUCAGUAUAUAAACUAGAAUAAAUGUUGUGGCAACUGUC